AUGUGCAAUAAACAGCGCGUAUGUCAUCGAUCCUGGAUGUCCUCGGAUGGUAAGCUACAGAAUGAUGAACUUGUUGCCGUAGAAAAGAUGAACAUUAAGAAAUUCCACAUCCCUGCGCCCAGGAGGUGAAUACGUCUAAAAGUAGGCACUAAAGAAAUGCGCAGAAUGUUCCAGCCUUCUAGCUGCAAAUAUCGGUAGAUGGGUUCCUCAAGUCUUGUUAAGCAACAUUUGUUCAUAAAGAAAAGUAAUUAAAAGUCACAUACCACCAAAUGGAUCGCAAGACGAAUCGAAAGCGUACAUCUUGUCAUCUUCUUUGGAGGAGUCGCGAAGUGGAUUCGCGCAUACUUUCAGUGCGAUGAGACAUAUGUCCAGAACCUUGCCCGUCCCUGGUGCCUCUAGCGUGAACACAAGCUGAAGCGGACGACGAUUUAUGCCACCCGAGCACGAGCUGAAGCAUGUAAAGGCGAAACCAGUAGAGUCACACAUCGGAAUACGCACGAAGUAGCCGCCGUCUUUUUCAACAUACUCGGCGCCAACGUGUUCGCAUCGUACAAAAUGUUGGCGGAUAUUAGCAGUAGCUGCCAAUGUAUCCUUGUACUGGUGAUUCGGACAACGCUCGACGGGUUUAUUUGCGUAUCUCUCCUCAGUAUACUCGGCAUGAACUCGUAUCAUUGAAUUUGGUUCGCAACUGUUCGAAGUUGAGAACACGAACGGCACCAUCAGCUCGGAUUUGCUGUAGAGAGUCAUUCCACACUUAUUUCGCAUAACAACGUAGUCCAAAUUCUUAGACGACUUCGUUUGGGGAGUGAUACCGACAGAGAAAAUCCGCUCAGAGAAGGCAGGGUGAUGCGGAAGUUGGUAGUGAAGACGGUGGCCAGAAGGAUUGAGUAUCACCGAACUGCUGACUUGAGCUGGACGAACCAUACUGUGGGUACUGCCACUAUUCUGAGCAAAAGGCUUUUGGGUCACCACUGA